AUGUCGAACGUCGAGGACAUAAUCAGCUGGCCGAGACGUGACACGGUUUUGAGUGUAUUGGAUGAGCAGAAAGGAGAUGAUAGCUGCGGACAUCAUCCAAUUCCGCUGAGUAGUCCGAAGAACACUCUUUCAACGUUGUGGGUCACCUUAACCUAA